UGUUAACGUGAGGUGGGUGGAUAAGUGUUUUCUCCUCUAGUUAACAAUGAUUUUGACUGUUAAUGAUACAAGUUCACGACUUUACGAUUUCUUUAUAACUUUGGCUUACUGAAAAACUUUUGGUUUAGCGAGUGCAUACAAAUCGGCUUUUUUAUUAAAAGCUUUUAAUUUUAUCAGUGAGUGACAGUAUUCAGUAGUAACUAGUAUUAAUUAUUAAUAUAAUUACCAUUUUAGUGUACUAAUGUAAUAAAUACUGUUACUACUAUUAUUAUGUAGUCAAGCCGUGGCGUUGCUUAUACAUUGUUACAUUUUAUACUAAAUCAGUAAACUAAAUGCCUUUACCAUAAUAUUAAUAAUACUAAUAGACUUGCAGUUGCAGAUUACGAUUUAGAGACUUCCAAUUUCAUGUAGGUCAUAUUUGACAUAACCAUAACAUUUAACUGCUUAAAAAUAAUAUUAAAGUAAGAUAUUGUUGCUAGCUACAAUGUGGUAAAAUACUCAGUACCACUACCGGUAGGAGUAGUAGUAGUAUCGCGGUUGUUUCCGCUAACUUGUAAGUUGUAUAUGAAUAAUUCACAAAUGUAAAAUUAAAAAGAAAGGUGUUUGUGUAGAAAAAGUUCACUUUUUACUUGGCUAGUGUUUCUGUUUUUUCGUGUAGUUUAUUAUUGGCAUGAUGCUGUGUUUCCCAAGGAAGGGACGAGUGCGUUUGAUGUUGAUUUUCCUUUCCCUGAUUGCAAUGUGUUUGGUAGUACUUUAUCGUAAUUCAGAUGUACCAAAUCUGUCUGGUCAACAUGAUGAUCAUUCAAGCACAGUACCCGUCUAUCAUCGGAGUAAUGGUCGUACACACUACAGUGAUGAUCAGGAUAGAAGCUUGAUUAGUCAUAUGAAGUCCAAAUUCUCGCAGCAGCCAGUCGUUUCCAAAGUUUCUGGUAUGUGUACACCAGUAUCUCCACUAACAAAAGUGGACAUUAAUGUUACCCAGGUCUAUCCAACUUUAAACUUCUACCCAUCUCAACGGUCCUAUUGGAAUCAGACAUUUGAAAAUCGUUAUGUAAAGAGACGUAGAGAAUGGGCUAAUUUGCCCUUAAAGGUAAUUGUUUUGCCUCACACCCAUCCUGAUCCAGGCUGGCUGAAGACCUAUGAUGAAUAUUACAUCACUUCAGUUUCAUACAUCCUUAACAAUAUGGUUAAAAAACUAAAUGAGUACAAGGAUUUGACUUUUAUAUGGGCUGAAAUUUCCUACUUUUCAUACUGGUGGGACAGAUUGAAGAACCAACCACAAGUGCAAAAGACAGUGAAAGAUCUUAUAAAUAACGGUCAGUUGGAAAUUGUUACAGGAGGUUGGGUUAUGACAGAUGAAGCUGCUGCUCACUACCAUGCUAUGAUUGAUCAGCUUAUUGAAGGACAUCAGUGGUUACGAACUACUCUUGGGGUCGUGCCGUCGAAUGCAUGGUCAAUUGACCCAUUUGGUCAUUCAUCUACUAUUCCAUACUUGUUAAAAUCAGCUGGAAUGAAAAAUAUGUUCAUUCAGAGGACACAUUUUGCCUGGAAGCAGUACUUAGCAGAAAAGCAACAACUAGAAUUCUGGUGGAAGCAAAACUUUAAUUUGUUUUCUCAGAAUCAGUCUCACGAGGGAGAUAUUUUAUGUCACAUGUCACCUUUUGACUUGUACAGCAUUAAGCACAGCUGUGGUCCUCAUCAGAAAGUGUGUCUAAUGUUUGAUUUUCGAAGGAUUCCUGGAGAAAUAUCUGAAACCAUGGCAGAACAAAUAAAUAAACAAAAUGUCCAAAAGCAAGCAGAUCUUCUUGUAGGACAGUAUGGCCGCCUUGGUUCUCUGUUCCCCCACAAUGUUGCACUAGUGUUGGUUGGAGAUGACUUUCGCUACAAUCAUGAGGUAGAAUGGGAUCAACAAUACAAAAACUACAAAAAGCUGUUUAAUUUUAUCAAUGCUAACAAAGAUUAUAAUGUAGAUAUUAAGUUUGGUACUUUAGGAGACUAUUUUCAAGAAGUUCAUAAAAGAAUGAGAAACUUGAACAUUGAUAAACCACCAACUUUGUUAGGAGAUUUCUUCCCAUAUGGUGAUGUAUAUGCAGAUGGUAGACCAUCUUAUUGGACUGGCUAUUUUACCACUCGGCCAAUGUGGAAGAAAUUCUGUAGGGAUCUUCAAAGUUGGCUACGCAGUGCAGAGAUCUUGUAUAGUCUUGCAAAAGCAGUUGUUACUCAGCAAGGGAAUGCUCAGUUUCUUGAACUGAUGCAUCAAAAUUAUGAGCAUCUAACUGUUGCUCGUCAAGCACUUGGGCUUUUCCAACACCAUGAUGCUAUCACAGGCACCUCCAAGCAAAGAGUUAUGCAUGACUAUGGCCAGAAAUUAUUCAAAGGCUUUCAAGGUACGAAAGAUGUUAUUGCUACUAGUGCCAAAGUUCUACUUUUUCAAAAUAUGACCUAUAAACAAAGUGUAGAUGACAGACAGAUGUCAGAAACACCUAAGUUAAUUCCUGAUGACAAACGUUUAUAUUAUGACAGCUUACCAGAAAAAAAUGUUCUCCUUGUUUCCAGUUCUGAUGGACAAAAAAUUGUCCUUUUUAAUUCUUUUCCUUUUCAUAGACAGGAAGUGGCUCGUGUUUUAAUUAAGAACCCUCAUGUUCGAGUAGUAAACUCAUCAAACCAAGAAGUUCCCUCACAAGUUAACCCUAUUUGGAGUAGCUCAGCAGAAAUUACUGACAAAGUUUAUCAGUUAAAUUUCUUGGCAGACUUACUCCCUUUAUCAUUGUCUACAUUCACAAUUUUCAUCAGAGAAAAAAGCAUAGACAAAAAAUCAGAACCAUCUGUGUCUGUGUUUGUCAAUGAUGCUUUGGAUUCAUCUUUGAAGAACACUUUGUUUAACUUCCAAGUAAUCCAUAAUGAAAACAUAGCUCUUAACUCUCCAUACUUAUCUGCCACUUUUUCCAAGUAUACUGGACUACUUAAGUCUUUACAUCUCUUAUCUCAGGAUAUCACAAGUCAAAUUGAAACUAAGUUUCUUUAUUAUAACUCUGAAGAGUUUCGUAGUGGAGCAUAUUUAUUUCAACCAAAUCCAGUAAGCCCAAUCUUAAACAUAUCUGAUAGAUUCCCCAUUGUCCAUCUGAUUCAAGGUCAUCUUGUGUCUGAACUGACCACAACAUACCCAAACACUGCGACUACAACAUUUAGAGUAUAUCAUCUGGAUGGGCCUUUAGGGGCAGGACUGGAGAUUGAAACAAAAUUCGACCUUUAUAAACGGAAGCAUUAUAAUCUGGAAUUAUUCAUGAGACUAGAAAGUGAUCUUGCCAGUGAAGACAUUUUUUACACCGAUUCUAAUGGUUUCCAGAUGACUCAACGAAUCAGACUUGAUCACAUUCCUUUGGAGGCUAACUUUUAUCCUGUGAGCACUGCUGCUUAUAUUGAAGAUACACAAGCCCGUUUGACACUGCUCACAUCAAAUGCUCAUGGUUGUACAAGUUCUCAGAGUGGGAACUUGGAAGUAGUUCUUGACCGUCGACUGGCAUAUGAUGACAGUCGUGGGUUAGGAGAGGGAGUGCUAGACAAUAAACCAACUAAUGCUCAUUUUUGGUUGUUGCUAGAAGAACGUCAAAGGACCACCUCUGACAGAGAAAUCCCAAAUCUCAGUCAAUUGGGUCAUGCCUUGUCUUCUAUUUUGAAUUACCCUGCUAUAGUCAUGACAUUUGAAGGCAGUGAAAAAUAUUUCCAAAGAAAAUUUUUGACUUUUGUUCAAAAUCCUUUUCCAUGUGAUGUUCAUUUAGUCAACUUGCGGACAUUACCAACUGUGAUUAACUUUAAUAAGCCGUCCAGUAGCAGUCUACUAAUUCUUCAUCGUCAAGGACAUACAUGUCAUGUGAAAUCCCAUGUUCCUGGCUAUUGUACACAUUACCCUUCCAAAAUGAGAUUAAGUGAACUAAGUCAUGUUCAGGUGGAAUCUGUGUAUCAAACUUCUCUUACAGGAAUCCACGUGUUGCAGAAAAUCCUGCAACUGAAUGACAUACAAAUCCAACCAAUGGAAGUGCACACCUACAAUGUCACUUUUGUUUGAUGAUAGCGUAGAUGAGAAUGAUGCAUCAUCACAAUCAUCUAAUUUUUUGUAUAUUUUUUAAAGCAUCCCAGUAUUUGUUAGGUGUUUUUAAGUUUAUAUAACAACUUAUGAUAAAUCUUGGUCAUUACUGCUGCUUAAAUUAUUACAGAAGACUAAUUUAUUGUAGUCGUUGUUGCCGAGAUAAAUGUUUAUGCAUUGUUAGCCCCUUUUCUUGCCUUUAAUCUUGGAAAUUUUGUGAGGAAAGUAUUAACCAAAGGUACCUUUUUGUUCCUAUAAGGGCUUGAAGAUUAUAAGUGUUGAAUUUUUCUCUUUACGUUUGAAAGAGCUAUUUUAUUAUUUUGUUCACUAAAUUAAUUUUCCAUAUGGAUUUUGGUAGUUCAGAUUAGUAUAUUAAAAACUGAAUUUAUGUUUGGAAUGAUUUUGAAGUGCUCAUUUAUGGUGAAGGAUGUUGAAUUAUAUGUACAUGGGAUUGUGCAAGAGUAAUGGAUGCAUAUUUUUAUUUUACAGGUUUACUUUUUAAUCAGAUUCUCAAGAACUCUUGAUUGAUAAUAAAUAUUUAUUAAAUUCAGUGGAAAACUUGAAAUUGGUAAGUGUAAGAUCCUGAGCAUACUGAACCCAUAGAGAAUUAGAAUGUCUAUCAUGUUACAGGUUUAUUUAAGCAAUGUAGUUUGAAUACUUUUGUUUUAUUUCUUCUUGAUAACAAAAAACUAUAGUUUUUUUUAAACUACUUGGAAAUUUCAGUUCACUGAAAUUUUGGAGAAAUGAAUUGUGUGCAUAUUAACCAGAGGUUGAAGUAAUGAUUUUGAUUUGUUUGAAAAAAAUUAUAAAUUUUAUGUCACAGGAACUGGCCAGAAAAACUAUGCCAUAUAUUACGUCUUAUGUCUUUCUUUCACAUAUGGUAUAUCUUUCUUUUUUGUUCCUAACCUAAUGAAGCACAGCCAUCUACAAGUUUACCAGUUUAGCUCUGAUGAAGAAAGUUUCACCUUUCAAAAGCACUUGGGUUAUAGGAUUUUAUAUUUUUGUCUUUACUGGAUUUUUUGAAACUGUGUUUUUCUAACAUCAUGAUUGAGUAUUUGUACAGUAGUGUUCAAGUUGAUUAGGUUUCAUUUAUGAUCUUUACACUCAUAAUAGUCAGUAAUUUCAUAUAGAAAAUUACUUGUAAUUACUGUAAAUUAAUCGUAAGGGAAGUUACUACAACAUUAGUACACAAACAAUAUCUUUAAAUUUCUUUAAUGUUACUAUUUAGUGUGGUUAUUGUUGGCAUCUUCAUCAUAUUGUGUGUAUGCGUGUUUUUUGUCAAAGUUUGUAGUAUAAUUUGAUUCCAUUUUCUUUAGUAUAUCUUUUAUUUUUGUCAAUCAUGGAGUCUAGUAAAUCCCACAUUUUAAGUUUAUAUAACAACUUUUGAUAAAUCUUGGUUAUUACUGCUGCUUAAAUUGUUAUAGAAAACUAAUUUAUUGUAGUCAUUGUUGCCGAGAUAAAUGUUUAUGCAUUGUUAGCCCUUUUCUUGCCUUUAAUUGUGGAAAUUUUGUGAGGAAAGUAUUAACUAAGUCUGGGCAUCGUAGUGGACAUUCCAUUCACUGAAGAUCUUCUGAGCUUUCUUUUCUUGCUGAAUAUACUCGACAUUUCAUGGAAGUAUAUUAUGGGUCAUUAUCUUUUUCAAAUGUAAAAUUCUCUAGUCUGUGGUAUUUAUGCUGAUCCAUGAUGUCAUCAAUUUUGUGAAGAUGGCCAACACCAUUUGUAGAUAUUGCAUCCCAAAACUCUCACAGAGCCUUCAUGCAUAAAUGUUGGCAAAAGGCAUACCUUUUCCAACCUCUCAAUGGCUCUUUGGAGAACAUAUAUAUUCUUGUUGGAACUAAACAGUUCAAAGGUAUACCUUAUCUGUCCAAAGCAUCUUGGGCCACUGUUCCAAAGACCAGGAUAUAUAUGUUCAUUUGCAAAAGCUACUCUCUUUGCGAUAUUCUCUCUGUACAGUAAGGGCUUUCUUACUGGGGAAAUAUAACAUUUUUAUAGAAUUUCCAAAUUAAGUUAGAUUACAAGAAAUCAAUAUUUCAGGCAGGCAUUGUAACUUGGUUUUGAGCAAUUCAAAAGCUUAGUAAUUAAAGGUUUCUUGCUAAACAAUUAAUGAGACAGAUGACCAAUAUUUUCAUUUCCACCACAUGUUCAGUUGGCAGUUAUAUUGAUGAUGCUCUUAUAAGAUGCUUAGUAAGAAACAAAAUACACUUAAAAGGUGGGAAACAAGUACUGUAACAUCUUGUUGGGAAGUACACUUGUAACUUGGUGGUACAUGAAACAAAGUCUUUAUGAUUGAAUGAAACUUGGAGUAGAAACUGUCAGGUUAUAUACAUAUUUCAUGUCAGAAAUGCAAAGAUUUUGCAACAACAAGUUUGUUUUUCAUGGUUGAGAGAGAUCAACAUAACCUAGUAAGAGUUGACUGAUAAUUUUAUCUCAAUCAUAAAAAAUGGAUAAAUGUGUUACCAAAGUAAAUGAAGUACAGUGCUUUACUAAUUUAUAUCUAAUAGAAUUUAUUAUCAAUAAUUCCUGCAAAACUGAUUGUCAAUAGUUUACACGAGAGAAAGGUGCUUGUGUAUGUAUGUUUAGUAACUAAUAUAAAUAAAUGAAGUAUUAUAAUAACAUAACUUUAGUAAAAUAUCUAGAAAGUAAGGAAAGGGGAAUUUUGUUGAUUUGUACAUGAUUUAUUAUAAAUACGAAAAUCUGUAAUAAACUGUAAAAUUAACAGGAUAUUAAUAUUAUUGCUGACAGUAGUGAACACCUUAUAGUGUAUAGCAUCGUUAAAGAGGUUAGGAUGCGUUCAUACAUUAACUCACUCUAGAGGUCUUACAAAAUUUUCAGAAUAAUGUGUGAGAUUUUAAAUUUUUCAUUGUACUUAUUGAAUCAUAUAAGUAUAAAAUAUUUAGUCUUAUUAAUAGAUUCUAUGGUCUAAUAUUUCUCAACUCUAUCCCUAGAGAAUUCCAUAGAUUUUGAAUAUUUGAUACUCAUUUAGUAAAACAAAAUUGCACUUAAUUGGUGUAUUAAAAACAAAAAAAAUGCUUUAUUUAAUUUAAAAAAAUUAUGUACUUAAAACAUAAGUAAGUGAUUUCCUAAAAAUUAAUAUAUACAGAUUUAGUUGUUUAGCAGGAUACUUGGUUUUAAAACUUAAGUGUCAUGCCACACUUUAUCUAGUUUUGUACUAGAUCUGUUUUUAUAUGGAUGACUUUGAGGCAGAAUAAGGAUUAUAAUUUGAAAAUUAAUUAGAAAAAAUUUUUAUGUUCAUUAUAUUUCUUACAGUAGUUUUGACAAAUGUCUUUGUUCAAUAUUUUCACUCUUCUUUCCCUAGAUUAUCUGGGUUACUUGGAACCUUUUGUUAAUGCCCUUGGUGUUUAUAUAUUUUAGUGAAAAUUAGAAUUGUUAGCAUCUUUUAACAACAGUAUGAAAUCAUACACUGAAGUUCUGAAGAUCUAUUUUUUGUUCACCUGAAGUUUGAAACUUGUAGUAUUAAUUGCUAUUGUAUAGAUUCAUUCUAUCCCAUCAAAAAUUAUUUUUAAGCCUUGUAUGAGAGCAUGGAGUAUGGUAAAAUAACUUGAUAGUUAAUAUUAGAAUGAAUGUCAGAAAUGCUCUUAUCCUGCUGUACAAUAUAGAUUGCAUGUAUUUUUUAUUACUUUUGCCCCCUUCGGGUUUGUAUGAGCACUAUGCACAACAUAAAAUUCUAACCUACAUUUUACUUCUGAAGUGUAAGGAAUGGAUCAUACACAAACCUAUGAAGUUGUAGUUCAUUUGUAAUAGAUAUAUAGUGAAGAGUUAAUCUAUCAACCAUGAUCAGGCUUCACUUGAAAACAAUUUAAACACCACUAAAUGCAGUGUAUAGUGAGAUAUACCAACCAUGUUUUUCAAAAAAAUGGUGAAUUGAUUUUAUUGUUUUACUAAUCAAGAUAAUUGUGGAUCAUUUUGAUUUUUUGUUAAAUUGAAAGAGUUAAGUUUUGAAUUUAAACAUAAUUAAUAUGAUAUGGAAUCCAUACACUGAUAAUAUAGAAUUGUGUUUGUGGUAUAUUUAUGAGUUUUGUAUACAUGUUUCUGGUGAUUUGUUUUGUGUUUCUUUGUAAAUUCUAAUUUAAAAGGAUUUUUGCUUUUUAUAAGAAGCUUGAUGUAGCUGUUAAAAUGCAUAAAAUAACCUUUUCUUUAUACAUGAUGCCAUUCUCCUACAUGUCUGAGAAGGUAUAAUUUGUUGUAGUUGCUGAAAUGUGACAGAGUAAAUGGGAAUAUGUGACUAAUUCAUUCAUCAAUGAGGGAUUUUAAGUGUAAAUGCCCUUAGAAGCAAAAGAUUCAGGUGAUUAUUCUAACAAAAACAAUUUAAGAUGAUACAAGCUAAAUAUUUUUCAGACAGGGAUAAUACUAUCUUUGUGGUGCUUAUUACUCCCAUGAGGGGUCUUCUUUGUGUUAUUUCUAUUCCUAGAAUUCCUAUUGACAGAUUAGGUCCCAUGGUGGAUGUGUUGUGUGCCAUUUCAAUGGUGCAAUCAUGUUCUGUUCUGUAUAGUGCUUUCUCCCUUUUACUACCACAGUCUACUUGUAUACAUUGGUUGGGUUUAUCCUAUGCCAUCUUUGUGGUACUUUGAAUUCCUUGUGUGAAUUAUCUCUUGUUAUAUGAUGGUAUAGGUGUAUUUCCAGUUCCUAUGAUGGAUGUGUCUGUACAUUAUACAGUCUUUAUGGAAAUGAAACAUCGAUUUUUAUUACUGGUAUGUUCUCUCUUAUUCUAAUAGUUGGUGAAAGUGACAUUGUAAAAAAAAAAUGGUAUAAAUGUAAGUUUGAUUGGUUCAAGUACUGCACUGUGAAAUUGUUGCCAAAGCUUAGUUAUAAAGAAGUUACUUUGAGAACGUUUUAAUAUUUUUUAUGAAAUAUGGUCCUUGCUUUAAAUCAUUUAUAUACUACAUGUAAAACUUUUUAAUAUUACUUAUAACUUGUUAGAUUCAGUUGUAUUAAUGAAUGCUUUCAUGUUUUUAUGUUAUAUUUGGUUAAAGGUUAAAUUUAGCCAGGUAAAAUGCUCUUUAUUUUUAUUCAGAUUAUUAACCUUUGCUAGUAUUUAUGGCAUUGUUACUAGGAGAAUGUAAUGUUGGUGAAGAUGUGCAGUCGUUUGUAGUUAACAUUGUGUAACAUUUGAAGAUAUGUAGAGUAGAAGUGUUUGGGUAUUAGGUUUUAACUGUUAACUUUGUAGUUGUACUAAAUUUGUAUGUUUAAUUUAAUCAUUCCAGAAAACAAUUAUUUUUAGUUACUAUUAAAGUGAUACACAUGGAAACAAAAAUAUGAAAUCAAAUGGUGUAAUACAUAUAUUUAAAUAAUUAAAAAUCAACUUAUAAGAGUUGAGUAAGGAACAUAAAGUUGAGUACUCAAUGAGGUUUUAAUAUUCUUAAGUGAAGGAGCAGGUAUUUAUCUACCUAAUAGUAAAUACUCAGUGUUAUUGUGAGCUUAAGUGCUGAAAAUACAUGAAGUAAGAGUGUCUGAAUUUUAUUUAAUCUUUCUCAUGCACAUGAUGUGGUUGUGCCCUACAGAUUCUACAUGUACUUAACAACAGAAAUAUAACUAAGCUUUUAAACUAUGUAAGAUGCUAUUGUGUUUAUAAUGUAUUGGUUUUUAGAAAAAAUUCAAAUUGCUUGCCAUAGUUGACAAUAUGUCAUUUUCAUUUAUAUUUGAUUUGAAGGUUUAUAAAAUGUUGCUCAUGUUAAUUUCAGUAUGUAGUACAGGGUUUGUUUGUUUUUCAAUAAAAAUUCUAUAUGUCUGUUGUGUGAGAAACUGAAAGCUUUUUACUUGCAUGUCACAUUUCAUUGAUAUCUUUAAGCUUAAUUGGCAAUCUGAAGUAAAAGAGAAUAUUAACAGUAACUAAAAUUUACUUGAAAUACCAAACUCAUGGCACUGAAGCACCACCUUUGAUGAUGUGGAAGGUAUUUAAUAUAAUGUGUGUUGAGACUUGUAUACAUUGUGUUAAAUCAGUUUCUUCAUUUACUUAAAGAUCACUGAUAUUAAUUAUAAUGACCCAAGAGUGAAUUUUAUAGUAGUAAAAUUCAGACUCAACGGAUAUAUCAAAAAGUGAGUUUACAUACAGAAUUCAGACAAUUUAAAAUAAUAAAUUAAAGUAAUAUGUGAUAUUGGCCAAAGGAGUAAAAACAUAUGGUAUAUAUCGACUGUUAUUAUUUUGUAUGAAAGUUAUACGUUUCUGUUAUAUUUGAAACUUCAGUGUUAAUAAAUAUGAAUAGGUAGAGAAUUGGAGCAGUUGUGAGUAUAAUUUGUUAAAGACGGGGAUCUAUUUAUUUAUAUAAAUUGUUUUGAUAGACAAAUACUGACCUUUUUAGUAACAAAAUAUUCUACAUUUUUGUAUUUGUUGUAAGUAAUAUGAUAGAAAAAUGUUGAAAAUUUUACAUAUCAUCUGCCUAUCUUGUUAAUGAUACAAACAAUUCACAACUACUUUACAAAACAUUAAUUUUAAUGGAUUGAAAGUUGCUAAUAAGUUUAUCAAAAUAUUAUUUUUGUUUUAGUGAUCCUACAUACAAACAAGCUGAAAACUAAUAACAGUAUGUAAGCACGUAUGCACAUUCUGAAAAUUGUUACUUGUUUUAACCAAUGUUCACAGUUUUACUGCUAUCAUUAUAACAUUUUAGCUAUUGUAAAGUGAAUUUUUAUUUGUAUUUUUAUAUACAAGUUAAAUACAUGUUUAUUCAAGCAGUGCUUUAAGUGCACAUGCCCAGGUUUUUAACUGUUGUUGGUAAAGACUUAAGUAAGCAAAUCUGAUGUGUUAUAUUCUAGAUAGAAAUAUUUUCAUACUUAAUUAAGUGACCUAUUCUAAUGUGGACAAAGCUUUCACAAUGAGUUAUCAUGAAGUUUUCAAAGAUGUAUUAAAUAGGAGUUUUCUGUUCUUUUUAAAAUUGCUAAUGAUCAGAUUGUUUACUUUGCUUCUUAUAAAUUUAGGCAUUAAUGUUCUGGGUUUUUAGUAGGAUAAUAUUAGAAAUCAUAGGAUACAUAUCUAUAGGAUAAAGUAUACAGAUCACAGUUACAAAUUGAAUUAAUAAAUAUUUUUAACAGAUGUUGCAACAAGUUAAAAGUAAGUAAUGAAUAUUCAAAAUUCAACUUGUAGAUGAAGUAUUUUUAUUAGGUUGACAAAAUCAGUUUAUAUUGUGUUAAGAAGUUGGAGGAAAGAAUUCAAAAAUAUUACUUGAUUUUGUAAAAUCUAACUUGUUUAAUAGUGCAAUCAAGUAAAAAAUGUUAUGAAUAACUUUAAAUACUGAACAAUGAAAAUAUUAGAUGUAAACAUUAGUUUGAUACAAAUUCAAGAUAUGGUUUUACAAACAGAAGUUUAUUUCACUAUAUU